UGCUUCUGCUCGGGCCGGGCGGGGGGCGGUGGCGUCACGGCCCCCACAAUUCCUGGCGACGCUGCGCAGGCGAGAGGCGUGCGGGCACUCGCGCGACCGUAAGCUGGAGAGAAGCGGCCCGAGCUCAGAGGCGAUGGGCGCUCGGCUGAGCGGCGGCCAGGCCGCCCCGGAGCAGCCGCAACCCCAACCCCAACCCCAACCCCAGGCCGGGGUGCCCGAGGGCCCGGAGCGGCCCCGGCCCGAACCGGACCCUUGGGGGCCGCUGGACGACGUGCGUUUCCUCAUCGCCUGCACCUCCUGGUACUGACUCGCCGCCCUCCGCAGUUACCGCCCGCCGCCUCCUUUUCUAUCUUCCUAACCUGGUGGGUCCCUUGCCUCUUCGUGCCCCUCGGCGCCAGGAAACAAGCCGAGCUCGUCUCAGGACUGGAAGGAAGUCCCGGUAGGGCCGCCUCCGCAGCCUCACCGUGGGACACCAUCCCGUCCCCGGCCCCUCUCGCCGCCCCUAAUUUGUUCGCUUUCUCAGCCUGCACCCAAAGCACCUCAGACCUUGGUACUCAUCCCCACCCUACAGUUUCUCCAGCUGUCUGGGUCCUGGGGCAGCGCUGUCUGUCUCUGGUUUCCAGAGCCAGGCCAGGGCUCCAGGGAAGACCCCCAAGGCUACUGACCUGACUUCCCCAUAUCUAUUGCUUAUUGCUGACAACUGGGCUUUUGCCCCUGGCAUGGCCCCAAGCGCCUUGAUUUCAGAGAAGACUUCCCACAGUACCUGUCCCAUACUUGUCAGGGAGGUUGCUCAGCUGUCCUGGAUCCCAGUGAGGCAUUUUGAGGCUGUAUUCCUGGGAUCCCGGUCACAGUGGGCCUCCAGGGCCAGCUUUUUGGAGAGAGGGAACAUCUGGUCGCUGAGCUGGCAGAUGAGAUCCUCAGGGCGCUCCCAGACACCCAAACACCCAUUCACCCUCUCCCAGAAGCCUCCUAAGGCCACUGUCAGAACCCAAUCCUUGUUCCCGUAUCCCAGGGAAAUGACAUACUUUGUAUUUUUGUUUUAUUUAGAAAUGAUUUAAAAAACAUUAUACAAAGGCUGAUCAGUUUAAAAUGUGACUGACACUGUAAUGCUGCGAUGUUCCCUAGGCUGAGGGGAAGCUGGGCUCUGGGUCCCCCAGUGCUUUGCCCCUUUGUCUGCUCUGUCCCGGGGUGAUGGACAAACAGAUGACCACAGGCAGAAAAAUCUGAAACUGUUAGUCUCCAAGCUGAGCCCUCUCUGGGCCUGGCCCUGCAUCCCUCACAUCUGCAGCCUGGGCUGCCUGCCUCCAUCUCCUGCUCUUUUUCAGCUGGCCUAGUUAGUACCAGGAGCCAGCGGGGAGCCUGGGGGUGGAAGGCCUAGAGCUUUCAAGAAGUGAGAGCACCAACCUGAGGAGUGAGAGGGACUAGGAAGGGGAGAAAGGAGAUUAGGAAAAGAUGUAUAAAAGAGACACUUCUGAUCUCAUCUUGGACCCUAGAGGGGUCCACAGGUGGGGAUCCAAGGCCCAGCCAGCCCACUGGAUGGCCUGGGCAAUAAAUAACCUCUCUGCUUCAUUUGAGAGCACAGUAAGUUACCCUAGGCCUCCCAGGGCUUACACGAAUUUUAUGUGAGUGGACAGGUGUGAGCUAAUAAAGUGCUUUGCAAAGUAUAAAACACUGUACAAA